UGUGUAUGCGUGUGCAUGUGCCUCUGUGUCCUGGACACUUGGGUCAAGUGUCUCUUCAGACCCGCAUGUGCGCACGUGACCUACGCACAGACAGGCACGUGCGGGACGCCGGCGGUGGUGGGCCGCAUCGUGGGCGGCGUGGCGGCGGCAGCGGGGCAGUGGCCGUGGCAGGCCAGCCUGGCGGUCAGCGGGCAGCACGUCUGCGGCGGGUCGCUGGUGGCGCCCAGCUGGGUGCUCACAGCCGCCCACUGCUUCCCCAACGAGCACAGCCUGGAGGAGUACGAGGUGCUGCUGGGCGCCUACCAGCUCUCCAACCCAUCCUCCGAGGUGCAGGCGCGGGCCGUGGCCGAGGUGCUGAAGAACCCGGCCUACGAGGAGGGCGGGUCCAGCGGGGACCUGGCCCUGGUACGGCUGCAGGAGCCGGGGGUCUACAGCCGCAGCGUACAGCCAAUCUGCCUGCCCGCCGCCAACCUCUCCUUCCCCAGCGGCACCCUCUGCACCGUCACCGGCUGGGGCAACGUGCUCAGCACCACCAGCCUGCCCGCGCCCAAGACCCUGCAGCAGGUGGUGGUGCCGCUGAUCGGGCCCCGCGCCUGCCGCUGCAUGUACGCACGCGUGCCCAGCGCGGACCCACCCACCAUCAGUGAUGACAUGGUCUGCGCCGGCUACGCCCAGGGCCAGAAGGAUGCCUGCCAGGGCGACUCCGGGGGACCCCUGGCCUGCCGUGCUGGUGCAGCCUGGCUGCUGGAGGGGGUGGUGAGCUGGGGCGAGGCCUGCGGCGCCCCCGACCGCCCGGGGGUCUACGUACGCCCGGCCGCCCAUGCCGCCUGGCUCCGCGCCCACCUGCCUGAUGUGGAGCUGGUGCCUGGCGAGAAGGCGGGGGGCAUAGGGAUGGAUGAAGGGGGCAGUGAGUGCCCACGGCCUGGCCCGUAUGAUGGCGUCGAGGCCCUGCCAGGCUGGGCUCAGCCUCUGCCCCCCGGCCCCCCUGAUGGAGCCACC